AUAUACUGUCCUAUUGAGCGUUGAGAAUGAGUGAGAAUCGUUACCUUUGGUACACGUAAACUAGUCAAUUUUCGGAAAUUGUUAUAUAUGCGCCUCGUUAGAAUAAUGGCUUUUACAGUAUAUGUCAAACGUACUCUGACAUGGCAGGUGUUGAGGUGGUUCUGCCACGGGGUCCGGUGAAGUGUGUAUGUGCACGCUGAUUGUCUGAUUUUACUGCGAUUGGAUGGCACUGCCGUCACACUAACUCACUUUGCUGCAGUUUACAUGCUAAUGUUGCACGUUACCACCAACUAAGUGUUGGUAGGACUGGCCACUGGUGAUCUGUUGCAGGCUGGCAAUUGGUUUUGUUCCGGUAUUGCAUUGUAAUUCUUACUGUGGUGAUCCACCGUGUGCUACAUAGUAGUCCUAGCUGUCACAUUGCUAGUGUUGGUAACGUGUCCUCCACUGCUCUCAAGUCUCCACCGUCGGUAUCGUGCUGUGCUUGUGCUCGUGCUCGUGUGUGUGUGUGUCCGUAAUGGCUGGCUAGAAUAAAGUCUGCGUGUGUUUGUCCAGUGUUCUGGGUGGGUCUGCUUCAGGUUUGUUUGUUCACGUUGCCUUCAGCCUCUGCUAGUUGCAGCCAUCUGCCACUGUUGUUUGCUGUGGUUGAGAUAUUGUAGUGAGCUAUGUAGCAUGGCGGAGAUUGAGGCUAUUGAAGAUGAGACUGUGCAGCAGGGUUCAGAGAGUCUUCAGUGUGCUACGGGUGUCGUUCGUGAUCACAGUAGUCCUCUAGAGCGGCUCUGUGAUCUCGUCAAAGAUCCAUCACUGUUGACCAAGACCCGGGUAUGCCACAGCGACUCCGUUGGUCUCAAGUUCAAUGAUGGCAUUCGAAAGAUUGACUAUUUGCUGGCAUACGAAGUUGUGUCGUCCGAUGUAGCUGACAAGGACUGGACACAACCCAGGGCUGCAAAACGUCAGGCAUUCCUCAAUGGUCUGCGAGCACGUGGUAUAGAAGUGGAGGAGGCCGACAAUGCUCAUCAUGGUGCACGCUUUAUCAAACUGCAUGUCCCGUUCGACGUUUGCUUGCACUGGGCAGAGGAAAUGGACAUGCGGCUGCCCAUUGCUGAGGAGGAUACGCGUGUCACAGUGCUGGGUGCGAGAGCGAGAGGCAUGGCACGCUGCUGUCACUUCUUUCAGCAUGGCAUCGAACCAAUGGCUGACUGCUACUCGGCGAAAUUUGUGCGGGCCAGGCUGGAGAAAUUUCUGAAUCAUGACAAGCCUGAUAAGUUUCUGACCAACGCCCAGCGAUCCUGUAUUUGCCAUUACAUCAUGACACGCACUGCUUAUGGUGAUGCUAAUCCCACCAAAAUCGGCAUCGAUCGCCUGCUAGGGAACAAGUCGUUUGUCGCUGCUUAUCCGCUGCACGAGGGUAACCUUGAGUCGGACGCCGUAUGUAACACUCGCAAGGUGCUCUACAGCGUCUGGGGCUGCUUCUCGUGUUGGUAUAAACUGCAGCCGCUCGAUCACGUGCGCUUGUACUUUGGCGAGCAGAUCAGCAUGUACUUUGCCUGGCUGGGUUACUAUACGUACAUGCUGAUACCAGUGUCCUUAGUUGGAGUCAUUUGUUUCCUCGUUGGUCUGGCCCUCAGCCACUCCCCGGAUAAUGCUGUGGCUGCAGAGACGUGUGCUCUCCAGGUAAACAGUUACUAAACACCACCACCACCACCAACAACAACAACAACAACACCACCAACAACAA